AUGGCUUCCCAAGUGAAAUUCCCCGAAGUAGAAGCAAGAAAAGCUCUCAAUCCCGAUGGAACACCAAUUGAGGCAACAUCAACAAAGUUUUGGCGAAAGUUGAGAGAGCAACCGCUAGUACCUAUAGGUUCUCUGGCGACUUGCGGUGCUCUUGUGGCUGCUUCACACUACCUUCGUAAAGGAGACAGAAAUCAAUUCCAGAAAGCGUUGAGAUGGCGUGUAGGAUUACAAGGAUUGACGGUAGUAGCAGCAGUUGUAGGAACGUUGUACCUAGGUAGCGGAACGCCAGCUGGUAAAGAAGGUGAUGAAGCUGCUAGUACGAUUGGAGGAAUCGCUACUUCUCCAGGAAGACCUGCAACUGUACAUCAACUAGGAAGAGCAGAAGAAAGAAGAGAAGCAGAAAGACAACAACUCUCACAACGUUUACGUGAAGCUGAAUUACGUGAAGAACAAGAUCAAAAACGUCAAGCAGAAGAAGUUUUAUUGAGACCGGGCGGUCAAGGAUUACGUACUCGACCAAUCAUCGGAAGAGACGGAAGGGAUAGAAGCAAAGCAGAAAACGAUCCUGCUCUAGCUCCUGAAAAGCAAAUUUAA